GCGUUCCAUCUCCCAUCACCAGCAUUCCAUCUCCCAUCACCAGCAUUCACCAUGGGCUUCCUAUCUACCGUCCCCUCCGACGAGCGUUCCAACGCCCACGAGGUCGGACACGAUCAGUAUAUUUCCACGACCGUGUAUGGGUCUGCUCUUGCUGCAUGUGAAUUCCCCCGCUUCGAGAUGCGCGAGGAAGAGAUGCCCGCAAGGACAGCGGCUCGAUUUGUCCACGACGAGCUCCUCAUGGACGGAAGCCCGGCUUUAAACCUUGCGAGUUUUGUUACUACUUACAUGGAAGACGAGGCUGAACGCCUCAUGCUUGAAAAUCUCUCGAAGAAUUUUAUCGACGUUGAGGAAUACCCUGCUCUUGGGGAAAUUGAGAGCCGUUGUGUAAAUAUGAUCGCGAGGCUGUUUAACGCUCCGCUUGAUACCCCAGAGGCAGAAGCUCUUGGUGUCAGCACCAUAGGCUCCAGUGAGGCCAUCAUCUUGUCUGUCCUCGCAGCGAAACGACGCUGGCAAAAUGCGCGUAAGGCGGCCGGAAAGCCUUACGAUAAGCCCAACCUCGUCAUGAAUUCCGCAGUCCAAGUCUGUUGGGAGAAAGCCGCGCGCUACCUCGAAGUGGAGGAACGGUACCUGUACUGCACCUCGGAGCGCUUCGUGAUUGAUCCCAAAGAGGCUGUGGACCUCGUGGAUGAGAACACGAUUUUGGUCUGCGCUAUCCUCGGCUCCACCUAUACCGGCGAGUAUGAGGACGUGCAGGGACUCAAUGACCUCCUCCAGGCAAAGAAUGAAAAGGAAGGACUGGAUGUCCACAUCCACGUAGACGCCGCAAGCGGUGGGUUCGUGGCCCCCUUCGUCAAUCCGCAGCUUCUGUGGGAUUUCAGAGUGCCUCUCGUCUGUUCCAUCAAUGUCUCUGGCCACAAAUGUGAUCUUGCCUACGCCGGCGUCGGCUGGGCCCUUUGGCGAUCCAAGGCCUUUUUGCCAGAGGAGAUCCUCUUCACUGUCAACUACCUAGGCUCUCCUCAGGUCUCAUUUACGCUCAACUUUUCAAAGUCAGCCGUUCAGGUCAUCGGGCAGUACUACCAACUACUUCGCCUCGGCAAGUCUGGAUAUCGCGCUAUCAUGACUAACCUAACCGAAACGGCGGACUAUCUCGCCGAAUCUGUGGUGAAGUUUGCUGGGGGAGACAAAUUUGUACUGAUGAGCAAGACAGGCGGAGAGGGCUUGCCUCUUGUUGCCUGGCGCUUGAAAAACCAGGAACAUUAUGACGAGUUCAGCAUCGCUCGUCAACUGCGAGCCAGGGGUUGGAUCGUUCCUGCAUACACGAUGGCGCCACACUCCGACAAGCUCAAGCUCCUGCGCGUCGUUGUCAGGGAGGAUUUCAGCAGAUCUCGCUGCGAGACAUUCAUCCGCGACCUUACCGCCGCUGUCAAGUUUUUGGAUAAUGCGCCAAAAGAAGUUGUGGAGCACCUCGCCCAAACGAAAUUGCCGCAGUCCCACACGGCGGCCAACAAGUCGCACAAGCAUCAUCAUCACGAAAAGCAUUCGCUGGCCGGCCAACACGAUAAAACGCAUGGAGUGUGCUAGAGAUGCAGCACAGGCACGAAAGAGCACGAAAAUGAAGUGAACAAUAUCAAGUGUAAGAUACAUACAUACUCUGUACUUCCUUCAUUAUGAAGCAUGCGUGAUGAGAUCAUGAUUCGAUCAGAC